UAACAGCUUGUUUAAGGGCUUCGAAACCAAUACCACGAGGACUCAUUUCCAUUUAUAGAGAAUUAUAGAGCAUGAGCACACUGACAGCAAAGUGGACUUGCCAUUUGUGCCACCAAAAGCCAUCAAAGUACAGCAUACCAAGCCUUGAGGCCCAGGAAGCUUCCAAAAAGACCCGGAUAUUUGUGGAUGGUGAUUUCUGGAUUAUUUUGAGGUGCAGUGGAUGUUCCUUAGCCUUUCAUGCCAGCUGUGCACUCUACGAGGUGGAAGUAAUAUUGACUGAAGAAGAUACAGAAGUUCUGUGCGACUAUUGUGCUUCCUAAUAUGGACCAAUGUACCAACAAAGAAGCCACCAAAGUGCUGUUGAACAUAAACAUAAAGGGAGUAAAUAAGGAAAUUGCCUGCUCGAAGAAUGUUGCUGAUAUUUUGCUGUGUCCAGCAACUGAUCCUGCCAUUAAAGAAACGCUGAUACAGAAUCUGUUACAACCAACAACACUACCAGCAAAGAUGGAAGAUGAUCCUCAAAGUUCUCUGCAUUUCUGGAAGGAAAAUGAAGAGGAUCACCUUAUAGAGCUUCGACAUCAGCGAAUGGACGAUUUUAAUAAAACCAGAAAUCAUGCGUCACUUUGGAAUGAUAUUGUGAAAGAACUUGAGCGUAUCGGUUGCAAGGUAACCUCACAACAGGCAUCUAACAAAUAUGCUAGUUUAAAGAAAAAAUGGAAGGAAAUCAUUGACUUGCCUACAGGUUCUGAAGCCCGUUACUUCAGACAUAAAGCUGCAUUCGACAAUCAGUUUGGUAUGAAAGCAAGUACGCGACCCAAAUAUACUGUGGACACUGAGGAAACGAAUAUUGGAAAUGACAAACAACAAAGUGAAAAUGAUAACGAGCAAACUGGUGCAAAGAAAAAGAAAUGUAAGCCAACCAAGCGCAAAUCCCAGGAACUGUUUGACUUCCUGACACACAAGCACGAUGACUUUAAGGAAGACAUGAAAAAUAUGCACAGUGACAAGAUGAGACGCAUGGAUAGACUGCUUGACUUGUAUGAAAGGGAGGUUGAUGCUUCAUCUACUAAAUAAGU